GGCCACCUACCUGGCCCAGAUAAAACCUGAGCUGCUGGGGAAGUGCUGUGCAAAGCAGGACAUACAGGUGAGAGCUGCCACUAGCUGAGGACUGGGAGCAGUUGAACAGAGAAAGAGGAAACCAUAAGGACUGGAGGUAGAAGAAAGAUAAGGAUAAAGAAAGGGACAGGUGCAUAUCAAGUACUUCAGAGAAGCGGAAUCGUCGUUUUUUUCCUCCAGAUCCACUGGUGGAGUCAGGUUUUGAUUCAACCUACAGAGGGUGCUUGCUAUGAAAAGAACAUUUCUACGCCAUCAGGAAAUCAAGUAAAUAUUUUGAUUGAAAAUGUCUGAAUUGUGGUUAAUUUCGGUGCCUGGUGAUAAAACCAACUUAACAGCUUUGGAUAGAAUGAAUACAGUGACUUCCAAAGCUAACCUGUCCAGCAAUGCCAAGUUUGUCAUACCAGAACUAAAGGUGGGGACUUUGGAUGCCCUUGUUGGACUUUCAGAUGAAUUGGGGAAACUCGAUGCGUAUGCUGAAAGCUUGAUUAAGAAGAUUGCCCAAUACAUAGGAGAAGUCAUGGAUGAUUCAACUGACAAAGCCCAAGAAAAUUUGCUGGCAAAUGGAGUGGACCUUAUCAGCUACUUAGCUCGCUUUGAGUGGGACAUGGCUAAGUAUCCAGUCAAGCAACCACUGAAGAACAUAAUGGAAGUAUUAAGCAAGCAAAUGUCACAGAUAGACACAGAUUUAAAGUCCAGGUCUUCUGCUUACAAUAACAUUAAAGGGAGCCUGCAAAGCCUGGAGAGGAAAACUGUGGGCAACCUCUUGACAAGAACCUUAGCUGAUAUAGUGAAUAAAGAAGACUUUGUCCUAGACUCAGAAUAUCUGGUCACACUACUUGUGGUUGUUCCAAAGUCAAGUUAUGGUGCAUGGCAAAAAACGUAUGAAUCGCUGUCUGAUAUGGUGGUUCCACGCUCGACCAAAAUGAUUGCCGAGGAUGCAGAAGGAGGCCUUUUCACAGUGACCUUAUUUAGAAAAGUAAUGGAUGACUUUAAAGCGAAGGCCCGGGAAAACAAAUUCAUCGUUCGGGAAUUUCUCUUUAACGAGAAGGAACUGCAGUCAGAAAAAGCUGAAAUCGUUAAACUGGCGGCUGAUAAAAAACAGCUUUAUGGUCCCCUGCUGCGCUGGCUGAAAGUAAAUUUCAGUGAAGCUUUCAUUGGCUGGAUCCAUAUCAAAGCCCUGCGAGUAUUUGUGGAGUCUGUCCUAAGGUAUGGAUUACCAGUGAACUUUCAGGCAGUGGUUCUGCAGCCCAACAAGAAGUCCAUGAAGAGAUUACGGGAUGUACUCAAUGCCAUCUUUAGGCACCUGGAUGAAAAUGCAGCUGCAAACAUGAAGGAUAUUGGUAUGGAGAUUCCGGGCUUGCAGCUCAGCAGCCAAGAUUAUUAUCCCUAUGUCUGCUUCAAGAUAGACCUGACUAAUCUGGACUUUUAACUGCUACAGCACUUGUUCAUUACUUGUACCUGUAUUUAUAUGGUAUUAACGUGCCCACAUUAUGUUAUACAUUGCUUACACUGGGCUUGCUUGGAGACAAAUACACCCGUGUUGUAUCCCAACACACAAUGACUUCUCAAUGCUUUCUCUAACACUGACCUAUUUGAUUUAUCUAUGAUCUAUAACCUGUGGCCCUCCAAAGGGUGUUGGGGAGGAGGGAACACUGGGAGUUGUAAUCCAGCAAUAGUCUGUCAGAUUCCUGUUUUGUAGAGAUCAAGGGUAGUUAUUGCGCUGCCCUACUGCUCCCAACCAUUCACAUAUCAUCUCAAGGAAAAGUCAGAGCUGCUCAAUCUGAGGCCCCACCGACAUCAUGAUUUUAUUAUAAUCAGGUGCCAGAAUAUCAUGUGAUACAGUGGAUAAGCAGCCCCCUGGGACUACUUUAACCAUUCAAUGCAUAGUAAAGUUUUUUUCUUUUAUCUUAGGGGUUGUUCAUCUUGUUAACUUUUGUUAACAAGAUGAACAUCUAAUUAACUUUUAGUAUGAUGUAGAGAGUGAUAUUCUAUAACAUUCUAAAAGUUAACUCAAAGGUGAACCACCCCUUUUAACGCAUAAUAAUGAAAUGUUCCUAAUAAUUAUAUAUGGGGUUUGCUGCAUAUAAGCAUCAUCAUUAAUAACUAUUCUAUAACUUUUUAUCUUGCCAUUUUUUAACAGUGAGGGUUACAGUGUCACGUUGGAGGAGGAAUGGGGGGGAUGUAUAAACUAGGGCAGGGCUGCACCACUGAAGGCCUUUGGGCCGGAUGUGGCCCCCCAGCCUGCUCAGGGGUUCAUAGGUUAUACCAUGUAGCAUUGUCAUUUUAACUGAAUCCAGCCUUCCAACAUGCAUUAUGAGAUGUAAUUGGCUCACUGCAUGUUGGCCAGCACUGUAAUAGGGCAAAUGAAUUAGGAUGACUGCGCUAAAGCUGAGCAUAUAGAUCUAUUAGGCAGAUACACAAAUGAUCCUAUGAUAUGAACAUAACGCUUUAUAAUGUAUAAUUGGGAUGAAUUCAAGCAACUUGAGACUAUUACUGUCUGUACAUCAGUGCAUGUAGCCAAGCUGCCUGCCUGCAUAACCUUUACAGCCUGCACAGGAAACAACUAAAUAUGCAAUAUUAAACCUACGUUAAAAUAUA